AUGCCUAUAUCUACGAACCUUCCACAGGAGACUAUAAUGCCAGACCUACCAGAACAAGUGCAGACAAUGCCCCUAACAGAUUCCACCUCUUCCAUUGCCUCGCUCCCUAUGUACUACCCGACCAGUGCGUUAUUAUCGGACUGGCCAGAACAGUACAUGAGGGCACGGUACAGGCCAACCCCUCCUGUUGAUCCAUCUAUUCUAGCAAGCAUGAAGAUUGUAGGUUCCAUUGGCUAUGCACCAAAUUUACACAACAGGAAAAGGAAUCAGGUGCCUUACAAGUUCAGCCGAAACAAAGGACCAAAGUCAAACUCCAACGAGAAUUCAACAGGCAAGAAUGAAGAUGGCAUUGCAGUGCACGUUCCCUGGAGAUAUCGCAAAAUGGAGAUUAAAUACAGCAAGUUGGGGAUGGACGACUUUGAUUACGACCAGUAUAAUCGUACAAGUUUUUCGGGGCUGGAUAUGUCUCUCCCCAAUUCUUAUUGCAAUCCUAUGCUACAGAUGUUCUACUAUGUUGCCCCUCUUCGAGCACUGAUGAUGUCCCACUUGUGCGAGCGAGAGUUCUGCUUGGUGUGUGAACUGGGAUUCCUGUUUCACAUGCUGGAUGUCAGCAUGGGCCAAGGGAUACCUUGCCAUGCAUCCAACUUCCUCAGAGCAUUUAGAACAAUACCUGAAGCCUCAGCCAUGAGUCUAACACUGUCCGAUCAGGAUAACAGGGCAAAGAUUAACUUUGCUUUGAAGAUUCAGAGUUGGAACAGGUUUGUCCUACAACAGUUGCACACCGAAACACUCGAAGAAAGAGUGUCUGCUGAAGGACGACCGCCGUCUGUGCCAGAGGCCCCACAAGAAGCACUUACUGAAGAUUCACAGGCCAGCCAACCCGCGGAGGUGCAAGUACCAGAAGAAAAAGCCAUUGUUAUAGAUGGCAAAACCAUUGAAUGCCAGGACAAGCGGGAGUUUUCACCCGUCGCUGACAUAUUUGGAUCGCACACCGUCAGCGUCAACAGAUGUACAAGGUGCAACCACGAGAUCCACAAGGAAACCACGUCAUUACUUGUCAACCUUUCCUAUCCUGAAUUUAAUAGUGACUCAUCACCAGGCAGCAUCCCCUUCUCCUCGGUGGUGGAGCGCAGCAUGAGCCUGGAGCAGACGAGGCAGGCGUGGUGCGACUCCUGCACACGGUAUCAGCCCAUAGAGCAGUGGAGGCGCUACAAGAAACUGCCAAACAUCCUCGCCAUGAACUGCGGGCUUGAUAGCGCUCAGGAUGUUAAGUUUUGGCGGCACCAGUUUGAGAUCUUGCUGACAGAGGUGCGUGACAAGCUGAAGAAGGAGGAAGGGGAGAAAAAGGAGGCAGAAGGCAAGUAUGGAUCAGAGGAGAGAGAGAACAGAUUUCCUGACAGAGUCACACCGUCGCUUACCACAGGUAGCCCAUCAACUCCUUCAAAGCGAUAUCCUGAGAAUUCGGCACCGCAGUCCCAAGGGCGACCGUGCCGAUAUGGUAACGCUUGCUCAAGAUCUGACUGUAGGUUCUGGCAUCCAGGACGUGAUGGGGGAGAAGGUCAACAGCCAGUUCAUGUCCUAAGCCUUCUAGAUCAGACCAUGGAGUACUCAUGGGUGCCGUUGGGCAUGAGAGCAAAACUGAAUGAAAAUGGAACAGUAUCCUUGUCUGACAUCAGCAAAGCAGAGCUUGAAGAGGGAGUCGAAGAUGACAGCGGCGUCAUCUAUGACCUCGUGGGUGUCGUGUCGCACAUCUGUGAUCCUCGUUACCCCGACAAGAACAACCUGGUGGCGUGUAUCAAGGUGGGCCCAAGCUACCAUGUGCAGGCAAAGGUGUCGUCUGUUUCCCAUUGGUACCUCUUUAACGAUAUUAGCAUUCAACCCAUAGCUCCCGAAGAAGCAGUCUGGUUCCCCUGCGGUUGGAAGACCCCCUGUGUCAUGUACUGGCAGCGCAGACAGUUGCCGCAAGAAAUACAGAGCCUCGGGCCUGUUAACCCCAUAACAGCUGAUGUGUUUGGAGAGGAUAAGUCUCUUGCUCAACGGGGAAGGAAAAGAAUUACAUUUACACCUUUAACAGCAGAUGAAAUGCCUGGGGAAGGUGAUUUGGUGGCCAUGGAUGCAGAGUUUGUGAACCUCCACCAAGAAGAAGCAGAAAUUCGCAGCGAUGGCACUCGGACUACCAUCAAACCUUCACAUAAAUCAGUUGCAAGAAUUACUUGUAUAAGAGGACAAGGACCCUUGGAAGGUACCCCAUUCCUGGACGAUUACAUAUCAACGCAGGAGCAGGUGGUGGACUACCUAACCCAGUUCUCGGGCAUCAAACCGGGAGACCUGGACGCCAACUUCUCUCAGAAACACUUGACCACCUUGAAGAGUACCUAUGUGAAACUGAGAUACCUGGUGGACAAGGGGGUGAAGUUUGUCGGACACGGGCUGAAGAAUGACUUCAGGGUGAUCAACAUGACAGUGCCAAUGAGCCAGCUGAUAGACACGGUGCACCUCUUCCACAUGUCGCACAAUCGCAUGGUGUCCCUCAAAUUCUUGGCGUGGCAUUUCUUAAAACUCAAGAUCCAGAGCGUGACUCACGACAGCAUUGAGGACGCCAGGACUGCCCUGGCACUGUAUCAGAAAUACUGCCAGUUAAAGGCCAGCGGAGACUUGGUGAUGGAACUGCAGAAUCUCUAUGAAGCGGGGAAGAAAGCGCAGUGGAAGGUCCCCGGGGAAGAGGAGGAGGAGUGAGUGGGGUCUCGCUUUCCUCUCGCACUCCAAGAGGUGUCAGAACCACGCCACUGUGAUCUCUGAAAGUUGAUAAAUGCCGAUGAUGCAAAAAAUUUUAAAUGUACAAAGUUGUAGGGUUGCAAUAACUUGCUGAGGUGGGAUGUUCAGAGCUAAUGAUUUUAAUUUUUUAUUUAUUAUUAUUUUUUUUAUAUAUAAGAAAUUUUUAAGGUUUUGGUUCCCUGGAUAUGUCUGCAAACUACCCGGCACAGAGAAUGGAUUUAGCCCAGUUGUCGACGAAUGAUAUACCUCACUGAUCUCAAGUUGCAAGUUACAAGUGAUAUGAUAACAAUACUCUCUCUCUCUUUCUCUCUCCUUUUUUAUUGAUAUAUUUCAGAAUUGGAUACUCUGUCAUUUUGAUUAUAAAAAAAAAGAGAAAAAAAAAACUUUGUUAAAAAAAAGGAAAAUAAAAAGGAAAAUUGAAUUUAAAAUCUUUCAACUUUCGGAAGAUCUAAUUCAAAAUCUUUCAGCCGUCUGUUGGAACAGAUAAUUCACUCUCUGUGAUGUUUUUGCACUUCUUUUCGUGAAACAAAGACAAUAGAUAAGAUUUAGAAGUAUUGAACACUCAUACCUAUUUUUUUAUGAUAUUUUUUUGCUGCCAUACCAUUUUGAAAAGAGUUACAGGUGUAUUUAACUCAUGUUUUAACAAAAGCGUCUGCGAAUAUGUACGUUUUUUUUUGUUUUUUUUAAUAUAGUGUUUUCUUUUUGUUAUGUUUUUAAAAAUCAUCAUAACCGAUUUUUCAUAUAUAUUUUUAUAGAAAAGAAAUGUUAUCACGGCAUUAUGUACUUGAAGUUGUGUAAUAUAGGAGGUUAUGGUUUUAUAAUAUUUGAAUAAAAGGUAGGGCUUUAAA